AACAUAUUCAGCAACUAAACACGGGUCAGCUAGUACCUAGUAAUACCUAUUAAUAUCAUGUUUAUAGUCGUGUCAGUAUUAAUUUAUAAUAGGUACCUACACGGUAGUUCUCUGCGGACAUCGACCAAGGAAAUUAUAUUAACAGGCCUAGUUUGACGUGCGAUUGAAUUCCAGUCGAAAACAGUGGACGGAACGAUAAUCUCAGGACCUUCGAUGCAUUGGAAGAUGCCAAAUAAGACGGUCACCGCCGUUCUGUUUUUGCUGGUGUUGGCACCGUUAGCGACCGGCAGCGGCGGCGACGACAAGUCAUUGCACACACGGACCGCCUCCCGGUGCACCAAUAAAAUUGCUCGGACCACGAGCCGCGGAAUAUAGAGCAGAUCAAAGCGUCGAUACUGAACAAGCUAGGCAUGAAACAGCCACCGGACUUCGGUGGUCGGGUGUCCAAAGGUCUGCCACCGCUGCAAGAUAUCAUACGCAAGGACAAUAUCGACCACAGCGGCAGCGUGGUGGUGCUCCCGCACAUCCGACACAGGUCACACCACCUAGACGCGACUGACGACAGCACCUCUGAUCUGCAGAGCGACGAAGCGACGGCUUAUUCCAGGGGCUGAAUAGUGUGUCCCCUGAAAAUCAAAAUGUGUCCCCUGAAUGACAAAGACGAGCCAGCAACAGAUCACCAAAGCAAUCAUGUGGUUGUACAAGAGACGGCUAGACGUGGUAAUCGACGACCCGGUAGUCAUGAUCGAUGUAUAUAGAGUCGACCCAAACAACAUGCACUGGUUGAUCGUGCCCAGUAUAAAGCGCGUGGUCAACAUCACCGAACCGGGCUGGGUGCCUAUUGACCUACAGAGGAUCAGAAUGUCCGACUGGUUCAUGACCACUGACGAGGCAAAGGACUUGACACUAGUGGUGCACGCGUACUACGUAAACAAGAACAUCACGCACAUAAGGAUAUCCCGUACCUGGAGGUGCACACGGAAGACGACACAUGGUCGCGGCCCAAGCGCUUUGUUCAGGGCCAAGAUUACCAGGAAGCCAAUAUGUGCUGCCGGCACCCGCUGGAGAUGGACUUCGAGGACAUUGGCUGCAAUUGGGUCAUUGCGCCCAAGAGGUACAACGCGAACUACUGUUCUGGAGAGUGUUCGUUGGUGCCCAUGGAAAAUGGUUAUCGUAAUGGUUACCAAACAUUCGGGCAUCAGUUCGUGUUGCGCUCCUCGCAAGAUGAGUAACAUAUCCAUGUUGCACUUCGACGAAGAUUUUAACAUCAUCUAUUCUACGUUGCCGGGCAUGGUGUAUGACACGUGCUGGUGCAGUUUGAAACCAACAAUAUAACCGCCGCAGCGACCAUGCGUUAUUAAUAUUAUAUUUUUAACAAAUAAUAAUAAUAUAUUAAUAUGCAAAAAUAUGAAAAUGUUACUAUUAUUAUAAUUAUAUAUUUCAUCCCAGUUGCAUAUAGUAUUGCAUUGCAUACCUAUACUAUAUUAAUUAUUUAUGUAUAAUACUAUAAUAUAUAGAUAUAUUUUUAGUGUCAUAA